AUGGCGUACUAUCUGGAAACGACGAUCGGCGAUGCCAAUCCCAAGGUGGCGAGUCUGUCUGCUAAUGUGGUCCUUCUCUUUCUCGCUGCCCUCCCUCCUCUUGCCGCCGAGGCUUAUGCCUCUGGCCUGCUACCUCCGCUUACUGCUCGUCUGGGUGAUGGCAAGGAGUCGGUUCGCCAGGCUGCACUGGAUGCUCUGCUCGGCAUGGUGGCGUACAAGAGCCCUCGGCUGGUCUUCACGGCCGUCAUCGAUGCCAUCAAGGCGAACACCCGCUCGUGGCAUGUUCGUGAAGAGGGCAUGCGGCUGCUAGUUCUUGUCGUUGCCGCCCAUGGCCCCGCCGCUGUCGACUUUGCCGCCGCCUUUCCUGUCGUCCUCGAAAACUGCGCCCACUCGCACCCGGCCGUCCGCGAGAUGGCUGCCCUUGCGCUGGAGACCUUGUACCGGUACUGGGGCAACUCGCUCCUGACCCAGUUGGCGGACACGGGCCUUAUCGGCAGCUCGAUUAAGUCCUCGCUCACCGAGCGCCUGGCAUCCGUUGAGCUUCACCCGGACGCAUCGCUCCACCAGUCGGCGGCACCAAACACGCCCAUGCGCGAUGCACGGUCGCAGCGCAAGUCGUCGGGCGGCUUCACGCCCUCGCUCUCGCGCUCGCUGCGGACCAAGCGGAAGCGCCGGUCGUCGGCCUCGCGCAAGCCGGGGUGUUCCGAGUCCUCGUCGCGUCCAGGCUCGUCGAGCUCGGCGACCUCACCGCGUGCGGCCUCAGAUCGCGCGCUCUCGGCUUCGACGUCGCCGGCCUCAGUCUCAUCCGAGACCUCAGAGUCUGCCGCGCCGGUCCGUGUCGGCUCGGACCGCGAGCUUGCCUCGAUAUUUGACGCCAUCCGCACCCCGCUGCUUGAUGCCAAGACUGCGGCGUGGACCGAUCGCGUUGCAGCGCUCGUCAAGCUUCAGGGCCUGGUCGUUGGCGGCGCGGCACAGUAUCCGAGCUUCCACUCGGGCCUGGCCUCGCUCCGGGCGCCGCUCACCGAGCAGCUCUCUGACCUUAGGUCUAAGGUGACCAAGGCGGCGUGCACCACACUUGUUUGCCUUGCCGAGUCGCUCGGCUCAGGCUUUGAGUCGCACGCCGACCACUUUGUGCCUGCCCUCUUCAAGCUCCUUCCCUCCUCCAAGGCGGCCAUCUCCGAGCCUGCCGACCAUGCCAUUCGGGCCAUUAUCCGCGCUUCGACGCUCUCGGCCGCCAUCGGCCGCAUCCUCGCUGCGGUCACCGGCAAGUCCACUGUGCUCCGUAAGUACUGUGCUGCGUACAUGGUCCUUCUUCUUCAGACAUACUCGACCGACGAGCUUCGCUCUCGCGGCGACGCUCUCUGUUCCGCCAUCCGCGCAGCCAUUGCCGACGCUCUACCCGAGGUCCGUGCUGCCGGUCGCCAGGCCUACUGGGCAUUUGAAGCUCAUUUUCCGUCGCCAGCUGGCCGUCUUCUUGCCUCUCUUGACAGCGCCACUCAAGGACGCAUCGCUGAUGCCAAGGGCGACACCACGGCGCUGCGUCCCUCAGCAUCGUCGCGGCCAGCAUCGACUCCCGGCCGCGCCCGGCCGCGCCCGGGCGUUACCUCGUCCGGCCGCACGGGUGCCGCUUCGUCGUCAUCUCGUGCUGUUGCUGACAGCGACGGACCGCCGCCGCGUCCGACCUCAAAGUCGCGCCGCCGCCGUCGAUCCAUGGGAGUCUUUGCGCAUCCGCCGCCGUCCUCGACUGCAGCAUCCGAUCGAGGCGAGGCAGAGUUGGUCACCGCUCCAGGUCCUGCUACGGCAGCUCCUGUGCCUCAACCCUCUGCCUCGCGGCCUCACCGGGCGUCGAGCUCGUUCCCGGCCGCCGACACUCCGGUGCUCUCGUAUGAGGAGCUUGCGGCGCGUCUCAAGUCCAACAGCCGAUCGUCCAAGGCGGCGUCGUCAUUGCGGAGCAAGCGGUCGAUGAGCUCGUCGACACGGGCUGCGCAGGCUGCGCUUGACGCAGCUGCGUCCAUCGAGGACCAGCUGGCUCAGGUCCGCUCGCGCUCGUCGCGCCGUUCGGCCACGGCCAGUGGCCCGCUCCUCUCACACGCAGCAGCAUCUGCUGCUGCACUCCCGCCACGCCACCAGCCGCCGACCGAACCUUCGCAAGCCGAAGUCGGCACCAGCGCGGGUCCGCCGCGCUCGAGCCAGCGGCGGCAAAAGUCGAAACGUCGCGACUCGUACGAUCCGGCCGCUUACGCGGCGACGCCGCAAAAAAAGGAGCCGGCCGAGACAAAGGCGGCAGCUGUGGAACGUGCUCCAUCUCAGCCGCAGCCACAGCCUCAGGCGCAGCCGCAGUCGCGGUCGCGGUCGCGGUCGCGGUCGCGGUCUUCGCUCAAGUCGGUCAAGUCACGCCGGGCAUCGCUUGCCCGCGGCCUCGGCCCCAGCGGCAAGGAAAAUGCUGCUCAUCACGCCAACAGUCAGGCCCAGGCUCAGGCUGCGGCGUUGCAGACUGCGGGUAAGAAGGAGAGCGGCGGAUCGGAGAAGUCGCGACUGGGCGACAUUCUCGGCCGGGCACAGGAGAACGAGUGGGCGGUCCGUGUCGAUGCUUUCCGUGAGCUGCGGGCUUUCUUCUCGGACCACGCUUCAUGGCUUCAGCGCUCGUCAGGCGGAGUCGGUUCGCGGUAUGAGCGGAUCAUGCGAGUGUUUGUGGCCAAGCUCGACGAUCCGCACCACCGAGUGGUCAUGGCGGCCAUGGCAGCGCUCGGCGCGCUGCUGGAGGCGCACGCCAAGCCGCUGGAGGGCUGGCUCGAUCAGGUGAUCCCGCUCCUGCUUAAGGCCAAGGCCUCGCCCAAGACCUCGCUGGUGGCAGGCGCGGCGUCGCUCAUCGGCCUCAUGCCGGGCGCGUUUGAGCUCAGCGUACUCGCCGAGGUCAUGACUCGUGCGCUCGGCUCGCCGCUGCCUGUGGUACGGACCGAAGCCAUCACCUGGUUUACGCUUCGGCUCCGCAACGCGCGCACCGAGACGCUCAAGGUCUUGGCCGAGCACAGCCUGUGCGCGUCACUCAUUGAGAAGCUCAUGCCGUGCUGCACCGAGAAGACGCUCACCCUGCGCAAGAGUGCGCGGUCGCUGAUGACUGCGGUGAGCGACGGGCUCGACUCGGCCUUUUCCACCGCGCUCGCCAGCCUCCCGCUAGUGCUGCAGUACCAGGUGAGCACCGUGCUUGAUGCAGGUGUUGCACCGGCAGUCUCGCCGGCCCACGUUGACAUCUCGUCGGACCUGGACGACCUCGAUCUCGACACGAGCUUGUCGGCCGAGCCCGAGACUGUGCCGCUGCCGCGGCAGCGGGCGCCCAGCAGAGGUGGGCUCGGCAGGCCUAUCGUCGCGGCCAUGGCCAACAAGCGGGCGGCACCCAGCCUCUCGGGUGUGCUCAAGGCUUUGAUGCGUGAUGUGCGCGAGGGAAACCAUGCGAACGAGCUUGCGCAGCUGAGCAAGAUGGUCGCCAACGGCAGUGUAACCGACUCGUGCUUUGGACAGGUCUUCCUGGUCCUCUCGGACGUGUUGGGCAAGACGCAGUGCGCAGAGACCCGGCUUGGGGCUGUGGCCGCGCUCCACGCGCUCAUCACCCACUGCACCCAUGCGUUUGAGAACUACCUCAACGUGGGUGUGCAGGCGCUGCUGGAGGCGUAUGUGACGGGGCCUGACAGCGGGGCGCACAACGUGGCGGCCGGCGUGGUGAGCGCGCUGAACGAUCUGCUUGCGGCGCUGCCAGUGGCGCGGUCGUUUGACGUCCUCACGCCGCUCGUCCUCACCUCGACCAAGAGCUCUGUCCUCUGCCUGGCCAUUCGACUGCUGUCGACGGCGGUGGCGCGGGCGGCACCCAAGGUGCUGUUCACCCAGCUGCGGGCCUUUCUGCCCGGCCUUCUCGACGCGUUCCAGAAUCCGUCGACAGACGUGCGCAAGGCUGUGGUCUUUACACUUGUGGAAGCGUACAUGGUGCUUGGUGAGUCACUGAUGCCGUGCCUCUCGGAGCUCUCGUCGUCGCAGCUCAAGCUCGUCACCAUCUACAUCAACCGUCGGAAGGAGCAGAGUGUCCGCUGACAUGCAGGAGGCGGCGACAAAUGAACAAGUCAUGUAUCCUGGUCGUGAGCGCUCAUCCGUCUUGGAGACGGAGGACCGAGACGUCAAAGUUGUCGGGCGCGUGCUCGGCCACAAGCGUUGCAAGCGCCAUCUUGUUGG